UUCAGUGUAACAACAUCUCUUUCGAUUUCGUGUGACUGCGCCAAGAAUAAAAAAAAACAACAACCAUGAGUUUAUUCAACGAAGAUGAAUUGACAGCUCCAGCCUGGAUAAAUCAAGAUUUUAUAAAAAUGGUUUUGGCAAAAUAUGAGAAUGUUGCCGAUGUUGAGAUCAUCAACUACGACAUAAGUCCGGCCAGCAUGAAGGGUGAUCACUAUGCCAGCAUUAUGUUUCGUUGCAAAGUGGAAUAUCGUCUGGGCGACAACAUUGUCAAGAGGUCGCUGAUCAUGAAAACUCUGCCGGUGGAAGAGGAUAGCAAAAAACGAGAAUUUCUAAUGGAUUCCAAACUAUUUGAGACGGAAAUUAAAAUGUAUUCCGAAACAUUGCCGAAAUUUGAGAAAAUCUUGGCCGAGUGUGGUGAGCCAACCAAGUUAUCAGCUGGUUUAUUCUAUCAUGCCCUGCAGCCCCAUAAAAUCCUGAUUAUGGAAGAUUUGUGUGAGCUUGGUUUCAAUACUUUGCGUGGCCGCUACCUAACCGAAGAUGAACUUAAGGUGGUCUAUACAAAAUUGGCCAAACUGCAUGCCGUCUCCUAUAUGUUGGGUCAAGGUGAGGAACACGAAUCGGUGGCCCAAUAUCAGGAUGGCUUCAUGUCAAUCAGUUUGCCAAUGAUGAAAGAUAUGAUGUCGUAUGGCAUGAAACAUUUCUUGGAUGUACUGGAAUCGCGCGAAGAAUUCGCCAUCUAUGUGGAUAAGGUUAAGGUAAUAUUCAAUGAAUUGGAAGAGGCAUGUAAGGAUCUCUUUAAUUCCUAUAAAACGAAUGGCAAUAAGGGAGAUAUCUUCGUAUUAAAUCAUGGCGAUUUCCAUAUGAGAAAUAUGAUGUUUAAAUUGAAUUCCGAGGAAAGUGUAGAGGAUGUAAUGAUGGUCGAUUAUCAGAUAAGUUGUUAUGCUCCGUCUUGCAUUGAUUUGAUCUAUUCGCAAUUUAUGUUGAUGAGUCCUGAGCUGAGAAUGCGACGUCACAGUUUGAUACGUUUUUAUUUUACGGAAUUUUUAAGGAUUCUGAAGAAACUCGAUUUCGAAGGGAAACUGCCGAAAUAUUCACAAUUCCAGCAGUCGACCCUGAAAUAUCGGCAUUUUGGUAAGAGGACACUAUCCUCUAUUUAUGUACACUGA